AUGAAAAAUUUAAGCGAUUCGUGUAUUUAUGCAAUUUUUUUAAAAUUAAAUCAUCAAGCAUUUGAAUAAUACUACAUAUUAAUUUAAAUAAAAUCGAAAAAUAUCUAAAUAUGCACUUAUUUUGGAAAGGAUGUUACAAUCAGCCGAAUAGUGCUAGUUAAAUAAGAUUUUAUUUUAUAAAGUAUUAGUAAAAAUGCUUCGUGAUUUCACAUUUGCAUAUAUGUCAUUCCCUAUUCUCAUUAAAGACGUGUUUACAUUUCUAAAUUUCUGACUGAAGAAAUUUAGGUUAGAAUUUUUCGGAUUAAUGAAUACAAUAGAAUAAGAGAUAGAGAAUCGAAAAAAGAAGAUUAAUGUUAUUUUCAUUUAUUGAAUUGCUUUUAAGAUGUAUUCAUAGUUAUCUCUUUUUAAAUCAUAACAAUAUAAAAACCCUCAUUUUUUUACGAUGCAAUAAUUAAUACAAACAAUAACUAUGAAUACAGUCUCUUUGAAUAUUAUUUUUAGCUUGUGUCAUUCUAGAAUGUUAAUGAAAAAAAUAGGAAUUCCGCAGAUAAUCAAUAGUAUUUAUCUAUAAUGAUAAAAUAGGUUCGGAAGUGAGAAUAUUUUUUAUUUCCUCUUUUAUUUGUAAGUUCAUCACUCCUAUAUUUCAUAUUAUAGAAUUAAAAAAGAAAUGAUUACGGAAAUAAAUGUUUUUCACAAAUAUUGUAUAAAAAAGAAAAUUUGCAAAUAAUGAUGGAAGUACAUUGUUUAUAUUAAAUCAUUUAAAUGUAAUAUCAUAUUUCGGUUGCCGAUCCAUUAUUUUUGCAUGUGCAAUCGUUGACCGCCAGGUGGCACUAGCUGUACUACUUUCUACAAUUUAUCGAUUUAAACAAACUCGUCGCAAUUUCUAUGUAAAAAUUAUUUGAAAAAUAUCCCAUUGAAAACUUUUAUUUAAGAAGAUUCAAAUUAUACAGCUUUUUUUUUUACAGAUUAUUUGCAGAAUUAUUUACAGAUCUGCAGAUUGAGUUGCUACUGCUUGAUCAGAGUAAUUCGUUUUACACAUGGCUUUGAUCAUUGGCCAAUGCGCACCAAUGUAAUGAAAUACAGGACAAGGGCCUUAGGAUGUGUAUGGUAUGUGCGAGGAAGCAGCGAAUUUUUAUUGUCAACUUUCGUAUCGUGUAACAUUGCGCAGAGAGCUCGAUGAAGAACCAGGAUAGAAGGUAGUCAGAUGUGUGCGUACAUGGCCACGUAUGUACUGACGGUCAGUGGUUAGUGUGCGUGGGUUUAGACUCGCGCAGGUGGGGGAAGUGGGAGAGAUUGGCGUAUUCUAUGGGCGGGGCCUCUGCCAGCUGGCAGAUGUUUCCCGCGCGGCCGCACCAUUCCUCUAGCGUAAACCUACGCGACGUGAAAGUAGUCCCUUCUAACGCGUUAAAUAUUUCUAACAAUAGCUCGCCAAGCAGACAGCUAGCCUCGCCAGUGGAUCCACCGUAAAGCGGUACGCAGUCUACUCGCAACUACCUGCGGAAAACCGUGGAAACUCCGUGUGAAACCGAAGAUGAGCUGGUGUGGGAUUGGUCCAAAGAGAGUCAUUGUUCAGGGCAGAGUAGCGCGUACCGUUCACCCUAACCGCGUACAUUAAACUUGUCGCGAGUGCCUUGAAAAUGCUUCAGCAGCGCUCGACGUUGUGAAUCACGUCGAUGUUGUGCCCCAUUGAAACUGAUUGUGAAACACUCCGUUGAGACAACUCGAACUCGAUCGUGUGAUUAUACCUUCGUUUUUACCUGUCGUUUCUACAGUGCGCGAGUGUUAUUACCAUCGACAAAGUUUCAUGAUAAAGUUUAGCAUGUGCCACGUGAUGGUUUUGGUGUACACGCGCGAAAUAAUUCGUUUGAUAACGAGUUCCGUGAGACGAUCUCUUUGAGAUGUAGCUCCAAAUUAAUUUACGCAUCAUCGUUGAACGUACAAUUCAUCGAAAUUUCUCGAUACAUUCGGGACGAGCGUACACGAUUGUCAAUAAGCAAUGUUAAAUAUCGUGUUCAGCAUUCGGUCAAAGUAACUAGUGUUAGAAGAUAAACGAUUUCUAUGAUAUAGAAGGUACAAAAGGAUUAGUAGAAAAAGAAAAAAAAAAAAUACGGAAUAAAAAGUGACAGAUGCGCAGAGGGGUGCCGGGAGGACCAUAGGUGUUGACGGCCCUGAAGCCGGCGGCGGCGGAGUGAUUCGCGGCGCUCUGUGGGGGCCCUCAGCUGUUUCCCGCCAAAGAUCGCCAUUACAAAACGCGUUCGGGCGUUGUGUGUGCGCCGCGCGGAGUGGCUGUCCCGUGGACGAAUCUCGGUGCGUGCCACCGUCGUCUAAAGAAAAAGAAAAAGAGAAAAAAGUUAAUUAACGAGUUCCCGCGGAGUAUUCGUGCCGCGUUUGGCGUGAGGUGUGCGCGUCGAUUUUUUUUCCGUGUGGAGUGGUUGCGAGAGAGAGGAAGAACAAGCUCGUCGUCUUUUCGCUGCCGCGACGACGGCUGCUGGGACGGUGCGGGAUCGCGCGGCGGGAUUCUCAGUGCUGCGGACCAGCGAGAUAUGUCAGUGUUUGGUGGCGAGGAUCGUAUUCUGCUCGAGGAAAUUGUCGAAACCACCGAGGAACAGGAGACCAAUUUGUGCGGCAUUGGAACGGUAGAGGAGGGCUCGGUGACCACGAGCGUGACGGUCGCCGAGGUCGCUGAUUCGCAGGAGCAACAGCAACAGCAAUCGAAGAGCAACGGCGCGGUAUCCCGCCGUGUUGCUGGUCAGAACGUUGCGCUGAGCAACGGGAACGGUACCAGCAACGUCGGCCGCGUCACACCGCGAAGCCAUAUGGAGCAGGAGAAGCGUAUGCGGCGAGAAAUCGCCAACAGCAAUGAACGACGUCGGAUGCAGAGCAUUAACGCCGGUUUCCAAUCGCUGAGGACGUUGCUGCCGCACCACGAGGGCGAGAAGCUGUCCAAGGUGAGUCUCUUCCUCAACUUCCUUCUGUUCUACUACCACUCUCGCGAUUAUUCGCAGAUUUUUCACGCUGCGAUUUCUGCGCUGUUCGGAAUAAUUGGAGAAUCGUUCCUUGCGCCAGUUUCUUUUCUUUUCUUUUCUUUUCUUUUUUUUAAAGAGAUUUUUAAGAGGUACUAUUUUUGUAUACUUAAUUGUAUGAGUAGUUAUCAUAGUGCUUAUUGGGAUGUAUGACAAUUUGGAAUGUUG